AUGCCGACCCCUUCAGAAUCUAUCUCCCUUCAAGUAACAAUCCACCUCAAUCCCGAGGACCUGCCAAAAUUCUGGACCGCAAUGAAACCUGCCUACGAGGCCGUCAUCGGCGAACCCGAAUGUACUUUUUUCGAAUUAUACCAGGAGCCAGACUCCCCCGGCACAAUCUCGUGGGUGGAAAAUUGGUCUGCGUCGAAAGAAUGGCUUAUGGAGGUACAAUUGAAAAAGCCAUAUUACCAUGAUUAUUUUGCUGUGACGGAGCCGUUAUUUGUGAAGCCCAGAGAGGUCAAGUUGUUGAAGAGGGUCGGGGAGCCGUUUGUAAUGGUGAAGAAGGCGAAUGGAGGAUUAUUGGAGUAA